GAUCUUAUUGUGCUUCCGGUUCCGGUUAGCGAUGGCGGUUGCUAGCUACCGCUAUUUAGAUAUUUGGUUGUCUCGCUUAUAACACGGUUAAAUAUUGUAAAAAAAUAAUGUGACAUUGCUGUUUCUGGUAGCAGAUUAUGUACGUGGGAGUGAAGCGUGUGACAGCGACAGCAGUUAAAACGGUUGUAAUGUUACCGAAUAUCGGAAACUAAUCUGCUGCUCGCUAGCUGUUAUUAGCUUGUUAGCUAUUUGGCGUCUUCACGUAACGAACACAGCUAAAACGUCUACCGAAAUUUGCCUCUCAGCGUUAUUGUGCUUUCAGCUUUAGUGUGAACAUAUGGGAAAUAAAGUUUUCCCAGUUUCUGUGUUGUAAUUAGUGUUUUUUUUUUUUGUUCUAUUGUUUUUGGCAGCCUGUCAUUGCAGCUGUCAUUCCGGUGUCCGUAUUAAGUAGGCAGUACCGUUAUCUGAAGCAGCUGUAGAGAUGCCGGGGUUCGGGUCUGAUAAAGAAGAAUCAGACAGACUGAUAGAGAAAGCAAAGCUAUGUCUAAGAUCAGGACAGAAAGAGAAAGCCCUGCAGAUGUUAUAUGAAGCACUGAAAAUAUACCCCAGCACCCGAGCCCGAGUCCUCAUUGAUGCUAUUGUGAAGAAUGGGAGUGCAGCUGCCCCAGAAACUGAGCGUACGUACACUCCACCGCCUGGGUGGAGGAACACGGAUGAUGAAAUAUCCAGCCGGCGGCAGCAUCAGCGUUACAGCACAGGAGAUGCUGAUGAGAUACCCAACGAUGACAAGAAGAGCUACACUGAAGAGCAGAGGCAGGGAGUCCUAAGGAUACAGAGAUGUAAAGAUUUCUAUGAGAUUCUGGGCGUGCCAAAAGAUGCCAGUGAUGAGGAUCUGAAAAAAGCAUACCGUAAGCUUGCACUACGGUUUCAUCCAGACAAGAACUGUGCUCCUGGAGCUACUGAUGCUUUUAAAGCAAUCGGGAAUGCCUACGCAGUGCUGAGUAACCCAGAGAAGAGGCAGCAGUAUGAUCAGUAUGGUGAACAAGGUGCUGCAGAGACUGCUAGUCACUCCUCAGCCCAUCCUCGUUACGCUCACGCACACCAACGAACUUUCCACAGGGACUUUGAGGCCGACAUCUCGCCAGAAGAGCUCUUCAACAUCUUCUUUGGUGGCAGGUUUCCAACAGGAAACAUUCAUGUCUACACAAACAGAGGAGCUUCUUAUUCACAUUUCUACCAGACACGUAGACGCCGCGCAUAUGAGAGACGGGAGGAGGAAGUACAGGAAAACCGCAGCCAGAAUACAUUCACAGCCUUCCUGCAGCUUCUGCCUGUCCUGGUGCUAAUCCUCAUCUCUGUAAUAACUCAGAUGAUGGCCACUAAUCCCCCUUACAGCCUUUUCUACAAACCGUCCAUGGGUUUGGUGGUGUCCAGAGAGACGCAGCACAUGGGUGUACAGUAUUAUGUGGAUAAGAGCUUUGAGAAGGAGUACCAUGGGGCGGCACUGGAUGAGCUGGAGAAGACCAUUGAGAGUGAUUACAUAGACCAUCUACAGAGCAGCUGCUGGAAAGAGAAGCAACAGAAGUCGGACCUGGCUAACCUGGGUCAGCUUUAUCGUGAUGAGCGGCUGAAGCAGAAAGCAGAAACCAUGAAGCUGGACCACUGCGAGAAGCUGCACCGCUUCGUGGGCCGCCAGAGGGGCAACUAAACGAGUUGCACAAACAUGGUUCUUACCCAGACGUGAAAGGUUUUAACGUUUGCGAUUAAUCUGUGCAGCGAUUAAUCAAAUUAUUUAGAGAGAGUCUAUAGGAAUAACGCUGUGCCUUUUAGUCCUGCUGAAUAGGUAAAGGCACCAGCAUGGCGAAAAUGCACUCAAGCUGCUGGAAGUGAUCAGUUCGGUCAGCUUUUCGCAACCGUGAAACAUAGCCUCAUCACAGAGGACCUGUUUUUUGUGUAUUUGUGCCAGAGCUGUUUUACUUCCUUACAUUAAGGAAUUUAGGCUCCAGUCGCACUGAUACUUAGAUUCUUCUGUACAUAUUAUAAUUUAAUAUGCCUGAGUUUUAGCAGUAUAGUACAUAGUCAAUAAUAAGACGAUGAUAAUUUAAUUUAUUGAACUAAUUCAUCUUAUUUAUUUUUCUUUUUAUGUGCACUGAGUUACAUUUAGAUGGAAUUAAUCAGGCUGAAGACCUUUCAUUUGAACACUAGUAUUUUUUGUUUAUUUGUUUAUGCUGACCUAAUAUGAUUAACUAAAAAAUACACAACCCCAAACCACUGCUUUUAAAAGUAAUUUGCAUAAACAGUUCAAAAUGGCUUCAAUGGAUUUACUUUCCUAAGCCAUGUAUUAAUUGAUGCUUAAUGCUUGGUGUAACAGGACAUUAGUAUUUAAUAUUAUUUCAAUUGUUUUAUUCUCUGAAAACCUUGCCAAAAGUCAUUACAUUAGUUUAUUAUUUUUUUUAAUAUCUAUACUGACAAAUUUUAGAGAAAGAUUUAAUUUUUUGCAUGCAAUGCAGUGGGAAUUUUCUUUUUUGUGUUACACUCCAUGAUCAGUCCAGCGGGUUUAAUUUAGUCCUCAUGCAAUUCAUUUAAAUUAACCGCAAACUGUUCCUGUUGGAAUUGUCGACAUGUUAAUAUCUUAUACCUCAUGUUAAGCGAACACUAGUCCUGAAGUUCUGAAUGUGAAAACCUGUUUAUCUCCACACUCUGUAAAGCCCUACAGCCAUGCUGAAUGCUCAGCAGUUCAUGUCAGGAACUGAAGUGAGUAUUAUUAAGAAUCAAGGUGAGUUAUAGCAGCGAUGCCACUCUUUAGCUGGACCAGUGUGUUUGGUUAGCGGAUGUGGAGUGAGAUUUUGUGUGUUGGUUUCACGUUUAAACAUUCUCUUCUACUCCUGAAUUCUACAAUAAAAAUAUCAUGUGGUUCUUCUAACA